AUGAGUGCUACUCAUUAUCAAAAUCAUAAUGGAGAUCAAAGACAAAAUAUAAAAACUCCUGAAAGUGGAGAUACGGACAAACAAUUUAACGAUGCUAAAUCUUAUAUAUUAUCAACAACAGGAAAAGAUGGUGUUAAUUUAUAUGAACAUUUGGUAAAAUGUGUUUCUCGAUUAUUAACAGAACAGCCUCGUAAUGCUGUUACUAUAUUUGAAGAUAUUAGUAAAUCAGCUCGAUCUCAGCAAGAAAAAAUACAAGAACAACCUACUGAAAAUACUGAAAAUGCAUUAGCUGAAGAACAAAAACCACUUUUUGAAAAAUCGGAUAAUACAGAAGAACUUGAUGAUGAAGCAUUACAAACACCAUUGCCUCAUAUUCUUGAACAAGCUUAUUAUUUUGAACAAGCUGGUAUUGGUCUUGGACGAGAUGAAACAUAUCGAAUUUGGCUUGCAAUUAAACAAUUAGUUGAUAAAGGUCAAUAUGAAAAAGUACGUUUUUGGGGUAAAAUACUUGGUACAGAAAAAAAUUAUUAUAUAGCUGAAGUUGAACAAAAUGCUGAAGAUGAAGCUGAUGAUGAUGAAGGAAAUGAAGAAUCUAAUGAAAAUGAUGAUGCUAAAGAUGUUGAUGAUGAAGAAGCUGAAGGUGAAGAAGAUCCUUUACCUAAAUCAACUUAUAAACCACCACUACCUGUACCAAAAGAAGAUCGUGGUACAGGUGUUAAUAAAUACACUUAUUAUGUGUGUAAUCGUCCUGGAGCAGAAUGGAUUAAAUUACCUAUGGUAACACCAGCACAAAUAACUCAGGCACGAUUAAUCAAAGUUUUUUUUACGGGAGAUUUAAAUCGAGAAAUAAAAUCAUAUCCAACAUAUCCAGGUAUAGAAAAAAAUUAUUUACGUGCACAAAUUGCAAGAAUUAGUGCAACAACACAUGUAUCACCUCAUGGAAAAUUUAAAUUUUCUGAAGAAGAAGAAGAAGCAGAAGAAGAUGGUGGAAAACAAAAUUAUCAAGAAAAUGAAGAAUUUACCGGAGCACCAUUAUCAGAAUUAAUUGAUGAUGAACUGAAUGGAUGGGUUCAUCAUGUUUUACAUAUUCUUCCUCAAGGUCGAACUAAAUGGUGGAAUCCAAAUGAAAAUCUUGAAAAAGAAGAAGAAGAAGCUGAUGAAGAAGAAGAAAUAAAAGCUGAAACACAUGGUGUACAACCUGAACAUGGACCAGAACUUUUAACACCAGUUGGUGCUGAUGCUGAAAUUCAACAUACAAAAGCAUGGACAACUAAAAUAUCUUCAAAUCUUAUUCCACAAUAUGCUUGUGCUUUUGUUCGAUCAAAUCUUUGGCCCGGUGCAUAUACAUUUGCACGCGGAAUGAUUUGGGAAAAUAUCUAUAUUGGUUAUGGGCAUAAAUAUACAGCAACAAAUUAUAAAGCUGAAUUUCCAGUAUUACCAACCAAUGAAUAUACUGAUUUACCAGAAAUUAUGGAAAUUGAUGAUCCAUCACCAGAAGAUGAAGCUAAAGCUCGUGUUGCUGAAGAACAUGAUGAAGAAGGAGAAGAAGAACAUGAAGAAGAAGCUGAAAAUGAAGAUGAUGAUUAA